CUUUGUUGGUUGAGAAUGGAAAGUUUCUUCUUUCGGCAAAACGCAUAAGAAGAACCACUUACACAGAGUACGUCAUCUCCAUGCACGCAGACACCAUUUCAAGAUCAAGCAACACCUACAUUGGCAAGAUCAGGUCUAAUUUUCUAGGGACAAAGUUCAUAAUAUACGACACACAACCUCCUUACAACAACAACAACAAAGCCUCUCAAGCGGUUCAACCUUUAGGACUUAGCCGGAGGUUUUACUCAAAGAGAGUCUCUCCCAAAGUCCCUACCGGUAGCUACAAGAUCGCUCAAGUGUCUUACGAGCUAAACGUUCUUGGCACACGUGGUCCGAGGAGAAUGCACUGCGCUAUGGACUCUAUCCCCGCUUCUUCUCUCGCGGAAGGUGGAACCGUGCCUGGACAGCCUGAGAUCAUUGCCCCCCGGUCUCUUCUCGACGAGUCUUUCCGCACCAUUACAUCCUCCUCCUCGAGGAAGUUUAUUAGCGAUUACUCGGCCGAGUUUAACAGCGCUAGGUUUUCAGACAUUCUUGGUACGUUGGGAGAGGAGGAGGAGGAAGAAGGGAAAGAGCGUGUUUCUUCGCCGCCUCUUGUGCUUAAGAACAAGCCGCCGAGGUGGCAUGAGCAGCUACAGUGCUGGUGUUUGAACUUCAGGGGACGUGUGACGGUCGCGUCGGUCAAGAACUUUCAGCUUAUAGCAGCAAACCAGCCUCAGACUCAGAGUGAUGGUCCGGACAAGAUCUUGUUGCAGUUUGGGAAAGUGGGGAAAGACAUGUUCACGAUGGACUUCAGGUAUCCGCUGUCUGCGUUUCAGGCUUUUGCUAUAUGUUUGAGCAGUUUCGAUACGAAACUCGCAUGCGAAUGAUUAGAGAAGAAAGAGAGCUUUUGUAUGUAAUAUAUAUAUCACAUGUGGUUUGUAUGAUUCAGGGAGAUUCUCAUCAUGUGGUGUUUUUAUUUUCACCUGAGAAUCUUUAAUGUCAGAUUUGUUUCAAGAAUCUUUAUUUGAUUAUAUAUUAUGGGUCUGCUUAUGUUGUUUA